UUCUUCUUCCUGGACGGCAAGUAAACAGCAAAAACGUCGAGGAGCUUUUCGGUUUCAUUCUCCUGACGAGUGACAAAGUGAAGACGACGCGUCGUGCACGUUAACGCCGGGAGUCCAUUUUGUGUCGGCGUGCGCUCGUCCGGGGAGGAAUAAGCUGCUCCUUUCAACAGCUCGUCUUUGCCGUGGCGAUGUGGACGGCGGAGGCGGAAGUGAAGUCACGUGACCGAGCGUCCAUGUUAUUAUUGUUGUUUUGUUAGUCCUGCGAUGAGACGGCGAGCUGGGGAGCCGCCGGCCUGCGACAAGAGCGACGUUCACGGCCUCCCCGGAGCACCCGCACCGCUCUCGCCCUACGCCCGGGCGACGGGAGCCCUGCCAGCGGCCGGCAGGGGAAGACGGAGACGCGGCGGCGGCGGCGGCGGAAGGAGGAGGGGGUGGACUCCGGCUCGGCUCGACUCGGCUCGGCUCGCCCCCCGCACCGACGCCUAAACCGAAGCGAAAAUAAAAGGGCGACAGAGGAGACAGCUGCGCCGAGCGGCUCGGCUGGCGAGCGGGGACGCCGCAGACAUGAACGGCAUCACCAAGAGCCGCUUCGAGGUGUUCUCAAACAGCGAUGAGGCCGCCAUUAACAAGAAGCUCCCCAAAGAGCUGCUUCUUAGAAUAUUCUCCUAUCUGGAUGUGGUCACACUCUGUCGGUGUGCCCAAGUAUCCAAGGCAUGGAACGUUCUGGCCCUGGAUGGCAGCAACUGGCAGAAGAUCGACCUCUUCAACUUCCAAACGGACAUCGAGGGCCGCGUGGUGGAGAACAUUUCCAAGCGUUGCGGCGGCUUCCUGAGGCAGUUGAGCCUCAGAGGCUGCCUCAGCGUGGGGGACGCCUCCAUGAAGACUUUUGCACAGAACUGUCGAAACAUCGAAAUGUUGAACCUGAACGGUUGCACCAAGAUCACCGACAGCACCUGCCUCAGCCUCAGCAAGUUUUGUUCCAAGCUCAAGAACCUUGAUCUCACCUCCUGUGUGUCCAUCAGCAACCAUUCCCUCAAGGCCCUCAGUGACGGCUGCAAAAUGCUGGAGACGCUGAAUCUGUCCUGGUGUGACCAGAUCACACGCGACGGCAUCGACGCUCUGGCUCGAGGCUGUACGGCCUUACGAGCGCUGUUCCUCAGAGGCUGCACGCAGCUGGAUGACGGCGCCUUGAAGCACCUUCAGAAGCACUGCCAAGAGCUCACCACCAUCAACAUGCAGUCUUGCGUGGUGAGACAAACACUGGCCUGGCACUAUGGUACAAUAUCAUGCGCACACGUGUCGCUUUGUCACCCGCAGCAGAUCACAGACGACGGCCUGGUGAAUCUGUGCCGAGGAUGCCACAAGCUGCAGAUCCUGUGUGUGUCUGGAUGCAGCAACAUCACCGACGUGGCCCUCACCGCACUCGGACUCAACUGUCCCCGACUCAAGAUCCUUGAAGCGGCACGAUGCUCCCAUGUGACAGACGCUGGCUUCACUGUGCUGGCCAGGAACUGCCACGAGCUGGAAAAAAUGGACUUGGAAGAAUGUAUUUUGGUGACCGACCACACCCUGGUCCAGCUGUCCAUCCACUGUCCUCGCCUGCAGGCAUUGUCCCUGUCUCACUGCGAGCUCAUCACGGACGACGGCAUCCGCGCGCUGAGCGGCAGCGCCUGUGGCCAGGAGCGCCUCACGGUGGUGGAGCUGGACAACUGCCCCCUCAUCACCGACGGGACCCUGGAACACUUGAAGAGCUGCCACCGGCUGGAGCGCAUCGAGCUCUACGACUGCCAGCAGGUCACCCGGGCCGGCAUCAAGCGCAUCCGGGCCCAUCUUCCAGAGAUCAAGGUCCACGCCUACUUUGCCCCGGUCACGCCCCCUCCCUCGGUGCACGGAGGCGGCCAGCGUCUGUGCCGCUGCUGCAUCAUCCUCUGACAGUGGAGGGCCAGGGGGGGCCACCUGUGCCUGCAGGUGCUGCUGCUCUGAAAGGAAAGGAGGGGGCUGGACCCGACUCCACGACACACCCCUUUUUCAUCCCCCCCCCACCAAACACCCACCCCCGUCAGCUCACCAGCGUGGAGGGAC